AUGGGUGAUGAUCCAACAGGAAAGAGUGAAGUUGAGUCUUUAGCAACACACGAUCUUGAAAAUUUUGAAUUCUUGGUUGGUUUGGGUCUUAUGUUGAAUUUUGAAGAAUAUAGAGAACAUGGAUUUGAAAAGGCUGUUAAUGAAGCUAAACAAAUGGCAAAUGAAUUGGGAAUUGAAGCUUCAUUCAAGGAAAAACGGUAUUAUUCUCUACAAAGCUGGUUUGAACAAUUUAAAAAAUAUGAAGAAACUUUUGGAUUUUUAUUCAGUUUGGAGAAAUUAAAGUGUGUUGAUGAUGAUAAUUUGUUAAGAUCUUGUGAAAAUCUUGAACAAUGUUUAAAGCAUAAUGGAAAUUCUGAUAUUGAUGGACAUGAGUUAUUCAUGGAGUUAACUCUUUUGAAGCAUUCUUCACCAAUAGAAGCAAAAAGAGCAAUAGACGUGUUGAAUCAUCUCAAAGAUGUGGAUGACUGUUAUCUGAAUGCUUAUAUUGCUUACAGAAUUUUGUUGACUAUAUCAGUUAUAGUUGCAACUGCCGAAAGAAGUUUCUCGAAGUUGAAAUUGAUCAAAAAUUAUCUUCGAUCAACUAUAUCACAAGAAAGAUUGAACGGGCUGGUCAUGCUAUCAAUUGAGAAGAAAAUUGUGGAAUAUCUUGAUUACUCGUGCUUAAUUGAUAUUUUUGCAUAA